AUGCAACAGGACGGCAACGUCGUCGACAACUCCGAAACCGUCUACAUCUCAUCCCUCGCCCUCCUCAAGAUGCUGCGCCAUGGAAGGGCUGGUGUACCCAUGGAAGUCAUGGGUCUGAUGCUGGGCGAGUUUGUCGACGACUACACGGUCCGCGUCGUCGAUGUCUUUGCCAUGCCCCAGAGCGGUACUGGUGUUUCGGUCGAGGCUGUUGACCCCGUCUUCCAAACAAAGAUGAUGGACAUGCUGCGUCAGACUGGUCGCCCGGAGACUGUCGUCGGCUGGUACCACUCACAUCCUGGUUUCGGCUGCUGGUUGUCAAGCGUCGAUAUCAACACACAACAGUCCUUCGAACAACUCACCCCUCGCGCCGUCGCCGUCGUCAUCGAUCCCAUCCAAUCCGUCAAGGGCAAAGUCGUCAUCGACGCCUUCCGCCUCAUCAACCCCCAGACUCUAAUGCUUGGUCAAGAGCCUCGCCAGACUACCUCCAACGUUGGUCACCUCAACAAGCCCUCUAUUCAAGCCUUGAUCCAUGGUCUCAACCGUCACUACUACAGCAUCGCCGUUGGCUAUCUCAAGGUCGGUGGUGAGGAAGCUAUGCUCAUGAACCUGCACAAGAGCGUCUGGACAGAGGCUUUGGAAAUGCCCGACUUCAAGUCCGAGGGUGAUCGCACAUUGGAGAAGCUGAACAAGCUCGUCAGCUUGGCAGAGGGUUAUGAGAAGCGUGUCAAGGAGGAGACCGAGUUGACUAAGGAUCAACUACGUACGAGAUAUGUCGGCAAGGUCGAUCCCAAGAAGCACAUCGAAACUCUCGGCCAAGAUCUGCUCGAAGACAAUAUCGUAUCCGUAUCACGCCAGAUGAUCGACAAGGAAGCCGCCGUGCCUUCGGCCUGUCGCAUUGAAGCUGUCGACGACGAUGCCGACACCAUGGCUGUGGAUCAGACCGCAUAG